AAGUGUCAUAUUUUUCAGUUAGACUUUUUUAAUUGCUACGUCAAAAUGUGUGAGAACCAGCUCAAAACUAAAGCUGACGCCACUGCACAAAUUGAAGUGAUACCAUGCAAAAUUUGUGGCGAUAAGUCCUCUGGGAUCCACUACGGAGUCAUCACAUGUGAAGGCUGCAAGGGAUUCUUUAGGAGGAGCCAGCAGAACAAUGCCUCUUAUUCCUGCCCAAGGCAGAGAAACUGUUUAAUUGACAGAACCAACAGAAACCGUUGCCAACACUGCCGACUGCAGAAGUGUCUUGCCCUGGGAAUGUCAAGAGAUGCUGUGAAGUUUGGGAGGAUGUCCAAGAAGCAAAGGGACAGCCUGUAUGCUGAGGUGCAGAAGCACCAGCAGCGGCUGCAGGAACAGCGGCAGCAGCAGAGUGGGGAGGCAGAAGCCCUUGCCAGGGUGUACAGCAGCAGCAUUAGCAACGGCCUGAGCAACCUGAACAACGAGACCAGCGGCACUUACGCCAACGGGCACGUCAUUGACCUGCCCAAGUCUGAGGGUUAUUACAACGUCGAUUCCGGUCAGCCGUCCCCUGAUCAGUCAGGACUUGACAUGACUGGAAUCAAACAGAUAAAGCAAGAACCUAUCUACGACCUCACAUCCGUACCCAACUUGUUUACCUAUAGCUCUUUCAACAAUGGGCAGUUAGCACCAGGGAUAACCAUGACUGAAAUCGAUCGAAUUGCACAGAACAUCAUUAAGUCCCAUUUGGAGACAUGUCAAUACACCAUGGAAGAGCUGCACCAGCUGGCGUGGCAGACCCACACCUACGAAGAAAUUAAAGCUUAUCAAAGCAAGUCCAGGGAAGCACUGUGGCAACAAUGUGCCAUCCAGAUCACUCACGCCAUCCAAUACGUGGUGGAGUUUGCAAAGCGGAUAACAGGCUUCAUGGAGCUCUGUCAAAAUGAUCAAAUUCUACUUCUGAAGUCAGGUUGCUUGGAAGUGGUUUUAGUGAGAAUGUGCCGUGCCUUCAACCCAUUAAACAACACUGUUCUGUUUGAAGGAAAAUAUGGAGGAAUGCAAAUGUUCAAAGCCUUAGGUUCUGAUGACCUAGUGAAUGAAGCAUUUGACUUUGCAAAGAAUUUGUGUUCCUUGCAGCUGACCGAGGAGGAGAUCGCUUUGUUCUCAUCUGCUGUUCUGAUAUCUCCAGACCGAGCCUGGCUUAUAGAACCAAGGAAGGUCCAGAAGCUUCAGGAAAAAAUUUAUUUUGCACUUCAACAUGUGAUUCAGAAGAAUCACCUGGAUGAUGAGACCUUGGCAAAGUUAAUAGCCAAGAUACCAACCAUCACGGCAGUUUGCAACUUGCACGGGGAGAAGCUGCAGGUAUUUAAGCAAUCUCAUCCAGAGAUAGUGAAUACACUGUUUCCUCCGUUAUACAAGGAGCUCUUUAAUCCUGACUGUGCCACCGGCUGCAAAUGAAGGGGACAAGAGAACUGUCUCAUAGUCAUGGAAUGCAUCACCAUUAAGACAAAAGCAAUGUGUUCAUGAAGACUUAAGAAAAAUGUCACUACUGCAACAUUAGGAAUGUCCUGCACUUAAUAGAAUUAUUUUUCACCGCUACAGUUUGAAGAAUGUAAAUAUGCACCUGAGUGGGGCUCUUUUAUUUGUUUGUUUGUUUUUGAAAUGACCAUAAAUAUACAAAUAUAGGACACUGGGUGUUAUCCUUUUUUUAAUUUUAUUCGGGUAUGUUUUGGGAGACAACUGUUUAUAGAAUUUUAUUGUAGAUAUAUACAAGAAAAGAGCGGUACUUUACAUGAUUACUUUUCCUGUUGAUUGUUCAAAUAUAAUUUAAGAAAAUUCCACUAAAUAGGCUUACCUAUUUCUAUGUUUUUAGGUAGUUGAUGCAUGUGUAAAUUUGUAGCUGUCUUGGAAAGUACUGUGCAUGUAUGUAAUAAGUAUAUAAUAUGUGAGAAUAUUAUAUAUGACUAUUACUUAUACAUGCACAUGCACUGUGGCUUAAAUACCAUACCUACUAGCAAUGGAGGUUCAGUCAGGCUCUCUUCUAUGAUUUACCUUCUGUGUUAUAUGUUACCUUUACGUUAGACAAUCAGGAUUUUGUUUUCCCAGCCAGAGUUUUCAUCUUUAGUCAAUGGCAGGACGGUACGAACUCAGAAAUAAGUCUACAAAGGAAUAAACAUAAUGUGUGGCCUCUGUAUACAAACUCUAUUUCUGUCAGUGACAUCAAAGCCUUGUCAAGAUGGUACAUAUUGGGAAGGGGGCAGUAUUUGGAGCCAUUUUCCUGUUUCAAGAAUUAGGCCACAGAUAAUAUUGCAAGGUCCAAGACUUUUUUGACCAAACAGUAGGUAUUUUCUAUUUUUCACCAGAACACAUAAAAACACUUUUUUCUUUUGGAUUUCCAGUUGUGAAGGAAGCUUAAUUUCAGUGCUUAUUGUGUCUUCAACUGAAAACUACAAUCCAUGGAUUAUGACUACCAGCAAUUUUUUCUAGAAACAUUAAAAGAAUAAAUCAGAACCCAGGGCAACAAUGCCAUUUCAUGUAAACAUUUUCUCUCUCACCAUGUUUUGGGAAGAAAAGAUAGAAAGAGAAGACCUAAAGUAAAGAAGUAAUCUUUAUAUUCCUUCUCUUUAAUACCUUUAUUAGGGAAAGUGGCAAUAAAGGAGGAGGCAUAUUAUAAAAUGCUAUAAUAGAAAAAUGUAGCAAAAACUCGACAGAUUAGAAAAAAAAGAUCUGUGUUAUUCUGGAGAUCUAAUGUACCCCAAAGGCAAAACUAAUUCCUGUGCAGUUUACAAUUAUAUCAUCCAUUUACCCUAGAAUUUUUUUUUAGCAAUUUUUAGAAGUAAAGAAUACAAGGAUGACAUUGGGAUCAGAGAUUUUAGACUUCCUUGUACAAAUUCUCACUUCUCCACCUGUUCACCAAUGAAAUUAAUCAUAAGAAAAGCAUAUAUUCCAAGAAAUUUGUUCUGCCUGUGUCCUGGAGACCUAUACCUUUGGUAUUUUCUGAUUCAAAAUAAAACUUUAAAAAAAAAAAAAAAAACUAGGAGAGAAGUUUGUGUAUAAGACAAUGACAAUUAUGGUCUCCUGUAAGCAUAUCCCAGCCACCAACUCCUAAAGAACUGCCCUUUUCUCCUUGCUAAACACACACACACACCUGCUUUGUAAAGUUUCCAUCAGUGGAAACUUUGAUUAUUAUUUUUUUUAAUCUCUGUGCUCUCCUGAAGUUCAUGGUUGAGCAGCAUCUCCAAGAUACCACAGAACUCUUGACUGAUGAUCAAAACAGUAGUGUCGCCUUUUCCUUUUAGAAAACGGAACAUUUUCUCACCUCAUGAUUGAUGAAUUCUAAACCAAUGGGGAAAAACAAAAAGGCUUUAAAAUAAUGAAUCUGUUUCUCAACUACUGUUAUAUUCAAUUAAUUUAACUACAUUGAACCAAAUUACCUUUGGUUCUAAGAAGACAGCUGUAGACUGCUUAUUAUGCUGCUACAGGGACUCAAUUCUUUUUGGUGUAAAUGUCACUCCUGCUAGCUCUUUGUAUAAAGAAUUAAUUCCCAGAGUCAUAUUUCCUUCUAAUGGAAAGAUUACUCUACUGAUUGCUAGGAAAACAGGGUAAUGGAAGGCACUCAAUUAAACCAAGCCAUUUCCAAAUGCAAUGUAUGUUUUAUGAUUGGCUUGUGAUAGGCGAUGCUUCAUGUGUCUACUUGGUGUUUCCCUUUGAGCUUUGAACUUAUGUCAAACUUUGUUUUCAUUGUUCUGUUGGCCUGGUGUUUUCCAUUGUCAGCCUGUAAUUCCUGCUCAGUUGCAGAGGGAAUUAUUUAUUUCCUCCAAUUUACCUUAGAGGAUUUAAAUUGGCUCAAUUGAUGAAGUGGCUCAGAAUUUUUUCCUCCCUUUUCCCAUGGGUGAUAUAGGAAAAAGAUUGUUCCUCACAUUUACCUUGGGAGGUACUGCUUUUGAAUUUGUGUUGUUUCCACUAGUGUAAGCAUUUCAUUGGGACAGCAUGGACCUUUUGAAGCUGGGAGGAAGGAAACAGAGCUAGCAUCUGAACCAGAACAAAACAAUGGCAACCAGGACGUACUCAGCCCACUUAGUUGAGAGAAGAGAUUUCUAGUUUGGGUUACAGUUGCCCAACCUUCCCUUAAAAGAGAAUCCAGUCAUGUUUUCAAUGGUAAAAAGCCUUAAAAAGCUGCCCUUUGAAGAUCUCCUAUGACUGUAUGUCAAGGUAUUUUGUACCUACAAUCCCAGAACUUUGUUCCUUCCCCAUGAGGACUAACAAAUGUUCACAACACUCAUGAUCAAGUGUGCACUGGAAGAAAAAAAUCCACAAUCUGGGCUUCUCACUUCGUGCUUCAUAAAUGACAAUCACUGCUCGAUGCAGAUGUUGCACUGUGUCCACUCAGGGAUGUUUCAUUAAAAAAAAAAAAAUACAUCAAGAAGGAGGAAAAAA